AUGGCAUUUUCAGAUGCUUAUUUUCCUACAGCUCCACCUCUCAGUAAGUAUGAUGUCUUUAUCAGUUUCACUGGUAAGGACACACGUAACGGUUUCACUAGUCAUCUCUAUUCUGCUUUGUGCAGAAACCAAAUCGAAACAUUCAUAGACAACAGAAUUGAGAAAGGUGGCGAGAUCUGGGAAGAACUCGUGGAAGCCAUCAGAGACUCGAUGGUGUAUCUGGUCAUCUUCUCUGAACACUAUGCCCACUCCAAGUGGUGCUUGCGGGAGCUCGUUGAGAUCAUGGAAUGCAAGAACAAGAAGGAAGACUGCCAUGUUAUUCCUGUGUUCUACAUGAUCGAACCAAGCCAUGUUCGGAAGCAGACCGGAAGCUACUAUGGUGUGUUUGCGGAUUACGAGAGAAAUUUGGACCCUGGCCUUGUGCGCCAGUGGAGGAAGGUACUCUUUGAUGCAGCCAAUAUUGCAGGCUUCGAAUAUCAUGGCCACCCUAGCAGGACUGAAUCUAACCUCAUUGAAAGCAUAAUUCAAAUGGUUCUUCGGAAAUUAAAUCGCAAAUAUAGAAGUGAAGUCAGAAGUCCUUUUAUAUAUGACCAAAACUAUGCAUGCAUUGAAUCUGUAUUAACCCAUUCAAAGGAAGUUCGAACCAUUGGGAUAUGGGGCAUGGGCGGUAUAGGAAAAACAACUAUUGCCACGGCUAUCUUUCAAGAGUUCUCUCCCUUAUAUGAAGGUAGUUGCUUCUUGGCAAAUGUAACAGAAGAAUCUGAAAGGCAUGGCCUCAGUUACAUAUUCACUAGACUUCUUUGCGAGUUGCUACAAGAAGAGGUUUAUAUUAGCACUCCCAAAAUAGUGUCCUCUGCUAUUGUGCGCAGAUUGAGACGUAAGAAGGUUUUCAUUGUGCUUGAUGAUGUGAAUACUUCUGAGCUUCUGGAAAAUUUGCUUGGAGUUGGACAUGAUUAUCUUGGAGCUGGUAGCAAAGUUAUUGUUACAACCCGAGAUAAGCAUGUUCUUCUGAGUAGAUCAAUUGAUCACAUUCAUGAAGUCAUGCAAAUGAAUGAUGAGAACUCUCUCAAAUUGUUUAGCUUGAAUGCCUUCAAUAAAAUCCAUCCUCCCGAUGAAAAUGGAUAUUUGGAGCUAUCAAAAAGGACGCUUGCUUAUGCCAAAGGUAUUCCAUUAGCUUUGAAAGUUUUGGGAUCAUUUCUUCAUUCCAAAACUGAAAAGGAAUGGGACAAUGCACUGGAAAAGCUAAAGGAGAUUCCAAAUGCUGAUAUUCAAAAGGUGUUGAGGUUGAGCUUCAAUGAAUUAGACCAUUCGGAGAAAGAUAUAUUUCUGGAUAUUGCAUGUUUUUUCAAAGGGCAAGAGAAAGAGAAAGUAACAACCAUAUUGAAUAAGUGUGGUUUCUACGCAGAUAUUGGAAUAAGAAACCUCUUAGACAAGGCUCUUAUAUCAAUAGCUAUGAACCAAAGCAUACAAAUGCAUGACUUGAUACAAGAAAUGGGUCACAAAAUUGUUUGGGAAGAAUCUGUUGAGAAUCCAGGAGGACGCAGUAGAGUGUGGAAUGCUGAUGAAGUUUGUGACAUACUGAAAAAUGAUAAAGUAAGUGAAUGA